GGCUCUCUUUGUGCAAGCAAAAAGCCACAUGCAUCGCACUUAUGAGGCUGACUAAGUGCAAUCUCACACCCCCCAAUGGCAGGGGAACACCGUGGGCCAGCAGAGGCCAGUGACUGUGUCAGGCCGUCUCCACAACCGACUCCACCGAAAAUCAAGACUUGCCCCUCCAGCAUUGCUGAUAAGCGCCCCUCCACCCAACUUCCAUAGGUAGGCUUGUGUCGAUAUAAUCUUUUGAAAUUCAGUGUCUUUCCUCGUUUCAGAGUAUCGAAUAAGAUGGAGGACAGCCAGACGACGGUGUCAAACGGACCGCGGUCGCCGGGAGACUUCAUUGAAUUUUGGCAUGCUCAUAGGGAGGUCAUUGUAGUCGUGGGGAUAUGUCUCUGUUCCACGCUGUACAUGCUAUAUAUUUCUCUUCCGACAAGAAGGGCUGUCAAGCAGCCGCAGAAGCGAGCCGUUGCUGCUACUUCAGCUAAACCUGUUACUCCCGCAGCUGAGAAAUCGGUCGCACCACGCGCAGCGUCGCCCCAAGAGGUAUCGGCAAAUGGGCCGAGACGCAUCAAGGGCGAGUUGCGGAAACCUGAAGGUACGCGAAGAUCAUCUGGCCCCGACAGUAGUCGUCGCACUCAAGUCCUUGUGUUCUACUCAUCAUUGACGACCACGACUGAAAAGAUCGCCAAUGACUUCGCCCAAAGCCUCGGGGCUGCCCUACGAGGGGAUGCUGAGCAAGAACUCAUGUUCGUUUCGCCUAGCGCCUUGGACCUUGCGGAAAUUGAUUACGAUGAAUAUUUUAUCAGCCCCCCCAAACCCACGGACCCCACUAUAUCUCUUGAUUAUUUCUAUCUAUUCUUGAUACCAAGCUACAAUAUCGAUUCCAUCAACGAUAAUCUAUUAGAACACCUCCAAGAGACCCACCACGACUUCAGAAUAGACACGGCGCCACUUUCAGGGCUAGUAGGCUAUUCGGUUUUUGGGCUAGGUGAUCGAGAAGGAUGGCCGACCGAAGAAGAGGGCUUUUGCUUUCAAGCUAAAGAGGUAGACAGAUGGAUGGCUAAACUCACUGGUCGAAAAAGGGCGUUUCCCUUGGGUAUGGGUGAUAAAAGGCAGGAUCUUACUGAGCGCUUGACAGAAUGGACUGGGGGAGUAAUAGACGUCCUCAAAAUUGCUGCAACCACGGGGAGCUUAGGGAAUGGGGUACCGGGGAGUGGAGAUGCUGAUGAAAGCGAUUUCGAAUAUGCCUCUGGGGACGAUGACGAUGAAGUACUGGUCGAAGGGCUGACUGCGCCCAAGAAAAAGAGCAAGAAAACCCCCAAAAAUAUUGAAGAUGUCGAAGAUCUAGGACGAAUCAUGAAAUCAAAUCAACCCAACUCGAUUGACUCUAAAGGCUCUGCUCCUAUUGCCAUUGACUUCACCACAUAUAGCAAAUCAAAUGUGAAAAGAGCGCCACAACCUAUCAAAGAGAUGGUCCCCAAGAGUUCACCCACGCACACGGCCUUGACAAAACAAGGCUAUACCAUCGUGGGCUCACACUCGGGCGUCAAGAUCUGCCGGUGGACGAAAUCGGCUCUGCGCGGGCGAGGCUCCUGCUACAAGUACUCGUUCUACGGAAUCGCCUCACACCAGUGCAUGGAGACGACGCCGUCCCUCUCGUGCUCGAACAAGUGUGUGUUCUGCUGGCGUCACGGCACAAACCCGGUCGGGACGAGUUGGCGUUGGGUCGUCGAUCCUCCCGAGAUGAUCUUCGACGGCGUGAAGGAGGGCCACUACAAGAAAAUCAAGAUGAUGCGCGGCGUCCCCGGGGUGCGCGCCGAGCGCUUCGCCGAGGCCAUGCGUAUCCGCCAUUGCGCGCUCAGUCUCGUCGGCGAGCCCAUCUUCUACCCGCACAUUAACGAGUUUCUAGGCAUGUUGCACGCGGAGCGCAUCUCCAGCUUCCUUGUCUGCAACGCGCAGCAUCCAGACCAGCUCGCGGCCCUCAAGGCCGUGACGCAGCUCUACGUCUCCAUCGACGCGAGCAACAAGGAGUCCCUGCGCAAGAUCGACCGACCGCUGCACCGCGACUUCUGGGAGCGGUUCCAGCGCUGUCUCGACAUCCUGCGCGAGAAGCGCUUCAAGCACCGCACCGUGUUCCGGCUGACGCUCGUCAAGGGCUUCAAUGUCGACGACGAGGUCGAGGGCUACGCGGACCUCGUCGAGCGCGGACUCCCUUGCUUCGUCGAGAUCAAGGGUGUCACGUACUGUGGGACCUCCACGAGCGCCGGCGCCGGCCUCAGCAUGGCCAAUGUGCCAUUCUACGCCGAGGUCGUCGAGUUUGUGGAGGCGCUUAACGCGAAGCUGCGCGAGCGUGGCCUCGACUACGGCAUCGCCGCCGAGCACGCCCACAGCUGCUGCGUGCUCAUCGCCAGCGGCCGCUUCCGCGUCGACGGCAAGUGGCACACGCGCAUCGACUACCAGCGCUUCUUCGAGCUUCUCGAGGAGCACGGUCCCGACGGCGAUUGGAAGCCCGAGGAUUACAUGGGUCCCGAGACGCCGGAAUGGGCGACCUGGGGCAACGGUGGAUUCGACCCCCGGGACGAGCGGGUUGAUCGUAAAGGUAGGAAAAUUGAGGCUGCUUCGUGAAGAAGGAAAAAGGAAUAAGCGGCAAUACUAGCUCUUGUAUGUUAUCUAUAUGAGCUGAACUGAGCAUUAUCGGUCUCAUGUACGACUUCUUGGGAGCAUAGAAUAUCAAAAGGGGUAAAGUAGAUUCGCGAAUGCGGAGUUCCGGACAAUUGUACACUAAGUAAGGAUGAUAAUAGGUGU